AUGGCGCGUUACGAUCCGUUUUCUCCUACUUUCGACCAUCCUUUAUUGAAUUCCAGCCCUGACUACGGUUCUCGAAAUGGGUUCAGAUCCAGUCGUGCAAUUGGCGAUAUCGGUGUGAUGGACCCUCAGAUGUCCUUCAGAGAGCGAAACAAACGUCUUAGAAGCCUCGACGACGAAAGAAAUCAGCUGAUAGAGGAUCUGUUGUUCCAGCUCGAAAACACCCAAAAUCAGCUCGAUAGAAUACAACUCGACCAUAGCAGAGAAGUUUCCUACAACAGAGACAAUCAAAUGCGAGAAUCUGCCUUACACGAGCAACUUUUGCAGGUCAAGAAGAUAAUGGAUCGAAAUCCGUUUGUAACAGUCCUCAUCGAUGGUGACAAUCUGAUAUUCACCAAGGAGCUUUUGUCCAAGGGUGAAGAAGGUGGUAAAGAGGCUGCAAACAGUAUUUUCGAUUCAGUGAAUGCCUUCGUUGCCGACAAGCUACACCACCUCGAUGCUCCCAAGAUUGUUGUACGGAUCUACGCCAAUAUCAAGUCACUAUCUGAGACACUCGCCAAGUUCAAGGUCGUCGAGCGACCACCGUUAUUCGAUGAUUUUGUACGCGGGUUUAAUAGUACUCAGCUACUUUUCGAUUUUACCGAUGCUGGUACACAGCCGGAUGCUACAAAAGAAAAGAUCUGUGAACAAUUUCAGACCAGCCUCUACGACUGUCACUGCCAUCAAAUCAUCUUGGGCUGCUCCAACGACACCCACUACGCAACAUUGCUCGAAGAGACAAUUCAGGACAGCACGGUAUUGGACCAUGUCACUCUCCUGAAGAGCGUACCCUUUGAGAAAGAGAUUACGAGCAUGAAGGCGAACUUCAAGUCCACAAAGUUUGAUAAUGUCUUCCGUGCCACAAAGCUUGGUCCUACGGCAGUUACAUCUAGUGGUCCAUUGCAAGCAGUUACAGCAACUCUGCCAGCCCUGUCCCGCGUGGGUUCAAACACCACGAAUGGGACAGGAUCAAGCUCGAGUACGCCUGCUAUAACCUGGGCUAGUUUGACAGCUCAACCUGCUCCUGCGGCGCCAGCGCCGAAGGCGAGCAGUACGCGGACUCCUACGCCAACGUCCCUGAAGAGUCCUGAACCAAUAAUUCCAAAGUCAGCCACCAAAGGCAUUGAUCGAAAUCGACAUGGUCAGAGAAUUGACAAGGUUGAUUCUUCGAUACCAAAUCACGAAAUCCAGCGCAUCAAGAAACUCAAGCUCUGCAAUAUCUACUACCUUCAGGGGCCAGAAUAUUGCACUUCGAACAAUUGCUCACAUUCACAUACAUAUCCUUUGUCUAAAGGGGAGCGCAAUGUUCUGCGUGAAGUGGCACGAAUGACGCCUUGUUAUUACAAGAUGGACUGCUCUGACCCCGAGUGCAUUUAUGGUCAUCGGUGUCCGCAGAACGAUCCAAAUAGACCCGACUGCUAUUACGGUGAUAAUUGUCGCUUUGGUUCAUGGGGACAUUCCGUGGACACUAGAGUGGUCAAGACAACCAAGAUUUCUACUGUCAAACUACAUUUUGUGUCGCGCGAGCGCGAAUUCCAAGCCAUCGUAGCCGCAGCUGGCCUGACCACGGAAUUUCGGACCCAGUACAUGCUUAGUGGACGGUUUUCAACGUUCGUGAUUGCGACGAGGCGCUUGGAGUGA